UUUAGGAAUCACCAAAAAUUUCAUUAUGCUAGACAAAAUGGAAUCAGCCAUGAAGGGAGAUCACCAACACAAGAUGAACAAGUAUGCUUGUGGUUGUGCUAUUGUUGCUUCCAUGAUCUCCAUCAUUUUUGGCUAUGAUACUGGAGUUAUGAGUGGAGCUAUGAUCUUCAUAAAAGAAGAUCUAAAAAUAAACGAUACCCAAGUUGAAGUUCUUGCAGGAAUUCUCAACUUGUGUGCAUUUGUGGGUUCUCUCUUAGCUGGUAGAACUUCAGAUUGGAUCGGUCGGCGUUAUACGAUUGUUGUUGCUUCUUUCAUCUUCUUGGUUGGUGCGGUUCUAAUGGGAUACGCACCCACCUAUGCAAUUCUAAUGACAGGAAGGUGCAUUGCGGGUAUUGGUGUUGGUUUUGCACUUUUACUUGCACCAGUUUAUUCAGCUGAGAUAUCUUCGCCAUCUUAUCGAGGACUUUUAAUGUCUUUGCCCGAACUUUGUAUCAGUCUUGGUAUAUUGUUAGGUUACAUUUCAAAUUAUUUCUUUUCGCAUUUGUCUCUAACGCUUGGAUGGAGAAUGAUGCUUGGAGUCGCCGGAAUUCCUUCACUGGCCUUAAUGGCCGGUAUUCUUAAAAUGCCUGAAUCACCAAGAUGGUUGGUGAUGCAAGGCAGAGUUGGUGAAGCUAAGAAAGUUUUAUUACUAGUAUCUAACACAAAAGAAGAAGCUGAAUACAGGCUUCAAGACAUAAAAAUGGCCGCUGGUAUUGAUGCAUCUUGCACAGACGACGUCGUAAAGAUUCCCGAUGACAAGAAAGGAGGAAAAGGUGUUUGGAAAGAAAUCCUAAAACCUUCACCUCCUGUUCGUUGGAUCUUACUAGCUUGCAUCGGGAUACACUUCUUCGAACAUGCAACAGGGAUUGAAGCAGUUGUUCUUUACAGUCCAAGAAUUUUCAAGAAAGCAGGAGUUAUUGACAAGCACAAGCUCUUGCUUGCCACUAUUGGAGUUGGCCUUACUAAAACAACCUGUAUCCUGGUGGCAACAUUCAUGCUAGACAAAGCCGGACGAAGGCGCCUGUUGUUAACGAGCGUAGGCGGUAUGAUCGUUGCCCUGGCAACACUUGGAUUUAGUUUAACAAUAGCAGAACACUCAAAAGAACAGAUCUUAUGGGCGUUAUGCUUGAGUAUCGUAGCUACAUACACAUUUGUAGCUUUCUUCUCAAUUGGACUUGGACCAAUAACAUGGGUUUAUAGUUCUGAAAUCUUUCCCCUGAGACUCAGAGCACAGGGAGCUAGUUUGGGCGUCGCGGUAAACAGACUCACGAAUGCUGGUAUAUCGAUGAGUUUUCUUUCUCUUUCUAAUGCUAUCACAAUUGGGGGAAGCUUUUUCCUGUUUUCAGCUGUUGCAAUAGUUGCUUGGUGCUUUUUCUUUUUCUUGUGCCCUGAAACCAAAGGCAAGUCUUUAGAAGAUAUAGAGGAGCUUUUCACUAGGAAGUCGUCGUCAGCGGAUAUUGAGCUGAAAACUAAAGCUGAAUUAUCAAGUAGUUAAAUUAGAUCUUCUUCUUUUUUCGUUUUCUUCUUCUUGUAAAUUGACUAGUACAACACGAUAGUCUGAAAAUCAAUGAAAUGAAAUGAAACUUUCUA